GACUAGUACUAGCUUAGAGUAUAAAAAGAGUAUAAAAAGAGUGCCGUGACGUUCUCUCUCUCAUUCAAACAUGAAUUCGAUUUCUUCAGGCAGAGUCAAGCCUCUUCCUCUAUCAUCACACUUCCGUCUCCGAUGCGCCAACUGCACCAACUUCUCCAUUCCCCUGCGUUCAAAUUCUCCCCAUAAUACUACUAUUCGCUUGGCGGUUUCCAGUCCCAGGCUUCCCCUCAAAUGUGCUGCAUCUGCAAACUUCUCCGAUUCCAACCCACCCGAUCCAACUCCGAAUCACUCUUCUCAUCCCACCACGACGGUGAAACAAACUAUUUUGGAGAUUCUGAAGAACUCAAACUCACUUCUGCCUCCUGCUGUCCUUGCUAGUACACUGCUAGCUCUUAUCUACCCUCCUUCUUUAACCUGGUUUACUACCAGAUACUAUGCACCUGCAUUAGGAUUUUUGAUGUUUGCAGUUGGGGUCAAUUCAAGUGAAAAAGACUUCCUUGAAGCAUUUAAUAGGCCUGCAGAAAUUGCCACUGGUUAUUUUGGCCAAUUUGUUGUGAAGCCUCUUCUUGGAUAUCUGUUUUAUAUUAUUGCCGUAACUGUUUUUGGUCUACCAGCAGGAAUAGGCGCAGGGAUUGUAUUGGUGGGUUGUGUUAGUGGAGCUCAGCUCUCAAAUUAUGCCACUUUUCUAACAGACCCACAAAUGGCACCAUUAAGCAUAGUAAUGACAUCACUGUCAACUGCUUCCGCGGUUCUUGUCACACCACUCUUAUUGCUGUUGCUCAUUGGGAAGAGACUGCCUGUAGAUGUAAAAGGAAUGGUGUUUAGCAUUACACAGAUUGUGGUAGUACCUAUUGUUGUUGGUCUGCUUCUAAAUCGCUUCUUUCCUCGUAUUUGCAAUGCUAUUCGACCAUUUUUGCCUCCACUGUCCGUAUUGGUGGCAGCUAUCUGUGCCGGAGCACCCCUUGCUCUUAACGUGGAGGUUAUUAAAUCUCCACUUGGAGUUUCUAUCUUGCUUCUUGUUGUUGCUUUCCAUUUGUCAGCUUUUAUAGCUGGUUAUGCACUAGGUGGUUCUAUCUUCCGUGAUUCUCCUGAAGUGAAGCCACUACAGCGAACAAUUUCCUUUGAGACAGGAAUGCAAAGUAGCCUCCUUGCUCUGGCUCUUGCUAAUAAAUUCUUUGAAGACCCAGUUGUGGGUAUGCCUCCAGCAAUUUCGACUGCUAUUAUGUCAUUGAUGGGAUUUGGUCUUGUCUUGAUCUGGGCCAAAAGAGGAAAGCAUGAGAUAAAACACAACACCUGAAAGGUAUGGAUUUAGGUGUGUAAUAAUGCACAUUGGGUCCAUCUUUUAUCUUAGCGAGCACCGGUACUGCUGAAGCUAUUCUGAGAAGAAACCAACACCAGGAAGAAGUUUGAUAUCAUAUAUACAUUAUAUACCAUUAAAAUUUAAAAGUACUUUACAUCACACCACCGGUUCUAACACGGUUUUUGCGAGGGUAGUGUUGAACCAGUGGUGUGAAAUAAGUGACAUUUAUUUAUUUAUGUUUUAGUGACUCUUUCAAAUUAUAGAUACAUCAAAAGCAAGUUGGUGAUUAACAAAAUCCCACUUCACCAUUAGUCACUGUUACAAUUAUUUUAUGUUUUUUUAGUUAACAGUUUCUAUCAAUAUUUUAAUUAUUUUAUUUCUCUAAA